UGCGAAGCGGUGAAGCGGUGGCGGAGGCUGCGUGCGGGGACUGCCGCGAAAUGAGUGCUUUAGUCGUGUGAUGAUGAGACUGAUGCACAAUGCCUGAUCAGGACAAAAAGCUGAAGAGCACAGAAAAAGCAACAGACGAAAAACCUCAUGGGAUUUCUAUGAGAGACUAUUCUGACCUUAAAAGACUUCAGUCUCUCUUAAAUGCUCCAUCAAGCAAACAACAGCUUUCAGCUACACAUUUUGAAAAUGGUCAAAUCAGCACAACAAGAUCUCUGCAAAAUGUCAGAAGCGAUGGACAAAAACUCCAUCGUCAAUGGCAAGAGUCAACUGAAGCUGUUGAGCUUGAAAACUUUAGUGUGACCUACAAGAAUGAGAGAAAUUUUAGCCAACAUCCUAAACACAAGCUGUUUCAAGAUAUUUUUACCGCUUUAGUUAAGAACAGGUUUAACUGCAGGGAAUGGGUUAAUCAAGCUCCAUCCAUCCAUUUUCUUAGAGUAUUAAUCUGCCUGAGAUUAUUAAUAAGAGAUCCACACUAUCAGGAAAUCCUCUACAGCCUGGGUGGGAUUGAAAAUCUAGCUCAGCAUAUGGAAACAGUAGCGAAUGGCUAUCUAGAUUGUGGAGAAGAGAAACAUAAUGUAGACAAGUUGGUCAACAUGACAUACAUUCUUCAAAAGAUUGCUGCUGUUAAAAAUCAAAGAGAAUGGGUUAUAGCAAGUGGAGCACAUAAAACCUUAGUAAAUUUGUUAUCUGCCAGAGACAGCAAUGUGCUUCUGGGUGCUCUCCUUGCCCUGAUUAGCUUAGCAGAAAGUCCAGAAUGUAGGGAGAAGAUAAGUGAGCUCACUGUUGUUGAGAAUUUGCUGGUGAUAUUGCGCGAAUACGAUUUGCUUUCUAAAAGGCUUACAGCAGAGUUGUUGCGUCUUCUCUGUGCAGAGUCACAAGUCAAAGAACAAGUUAAAAUUUAUGAAGGAGUUCCAGUUUUGCUCAGUUUACUCCAUUCUGAUCAUAUCAAGCUUUUGUGGAGUGUAGUUUGGAUUCUUGUGCAGGUUUGCGAAGACCCUGAGACUAGCGUGGAAAUCCGGAUUUGGGGUGGAAUCAAGCAGCUACUUCAUGUAUUACAGGGGGAUAGAAAUCUCGUUUCUGAUCGCUCUUCAGUUGGAAGUUUAUCUAGUGCAAAUGCAGCAGGGAGAAUUCAACAUCUUCAUUUGUCAGACGAUUUGAGUCUUGAUGAGAUACAAGAAAAUACUUUCUCCCUUCAAGCAGCUUGUUGUGCUGCAAUUACUGAACUGGUGCUCAAUGAUACUAACGCUUACCAAGUAGUACAGGCAAAUGGAGUAUAUAUAAUAGCAAAACUGGUUUUACCAGACAAAGAAAAGAAUGCUGAAAAAGCUUAUUUAUUACAGUGCUAUGCUUUCAGAGCCCUGAGAUUUCUCUUCAGUAUGGAAAGAAAUAGACAUAUCUUCAGAAGACUUUUUCCUCCUGACUUGUUUGAAAUCUUCAUUGAUAUUGGACAUUAUGUGCGUGAUAUUAGUGCUUAUGAAGAGCUAGUGUCAAAGCUGAAUUUAUUAAAGGAAGAUGAAUUGAAGCAAAUUGCUGAAAGUAUUGAGAGCGUCAACCAGAAUAAAGCACCUGCAAAACAUAUAGGCAAUUAUGCAAUUUUAGAACACCUUGGCAGUGGAGCUUUUGGAAAUGUAUAUAAGGUUAGAAAACAUAAUGGGCAACAUCUUCUGGCAAUGAAAGAAGUCAAUUUACACAAUCCAGCAUUAGGAAAGGACAAAAAAGACAGAGAUAGCAGAGUACAGAACAUUGUCUCUGAGUUAACCAUCAUCAAAGAGCAGCUUUAUCACCCAAAUGUUGUACGUUAUUACAGAACCUUCUUGGAAAAUGACAGAUUGUACAUAGUCAUGGAACUCAUAGAUGGGGUGCCAUUGGGAGAGCACUUUCACUCUUUGAAGGAAAAGCAACAAAAAUUUACAGAAGAAAGAAUAUGGAAUAUAUUUAUCCAACUUUGCCUAGCUCUUCGUUAUUUACAUAAAGAGAAGAGGAUUGUUCAUCGAGAUCUCACUCCAAACAACAUCAUGCUGGGGGAUAAAGACAAAGUUAAAAUUACUGAUUUUGGUCUUGCAAAGCAAAACGAAGAAAACAGCAAACUUGCAUCAGUAGUGGGAACCAUUCUGUACUCUUGCCCUGAAGUUGUAAAGAGUGAGCCAUAUGGAGAGAAAGCUGAUGUCUGGGCUGCAGGAUGUAUCCUUUAUCAGAUGGCAACUCUGAACCCACCGUUUUACAGCACCAAUAUGCUCUCCUUGGCAACUAAGAUAGUAGGGGCUGUGUAUGAACCUGUGCCGGACGGACUGUACUCUGAAAAAGUAUCAUUUACCAUUAAGAGGUGCUUGACCCCUGAUGCAGAGAAACGUCCAGACAUAGUGGAGGUCAGUUCACUGCUGUCUGAUGAGAUGAUGAAAUAUUUGGAUGUUUUAUCUACCUCCCAUCUCAUGUUGGAGAAGAAACUGGAUCGGGAGAGAAGACGAACCCAGAGGUACUUCACGGAAGCAAACCGAAAUGCAGCAGCCUGUCAACAUCAGCUUUCUAUUUUACCACAAAACCAUUAUGACAAGUUGAGACUUCAAGGAAGCACCACUGGAACAGCGAGUUGCCGACGUGAUUUUUCAGAAAACCUUGGCAUCCGGGCAGAGAAUUGUCAUUCUACGUGUAGAAAAGACGAAAAGAGAACAUAUGAAGAAAUCCUGAUAGAGGACAACAGCAGUUUAGAGAACUCUGAGAAAGAUUUGUUCUCAGAAUUAGAUGAUGAGCUCGAUGUAUUGGACAACUCAAGUAGUUCCAGUUCAAGUCAUUUCAAAGAGUCUGCUUUUGGUAUCAUAAAACAAAACCUUGGUACUUCUGAAAGACAACCUCAGGUUAGAGACUGUAUUGAAGGCCUGGGAUCAAGACUACGACCAGCAUCGGCAGGAAUUGCUGUAUCACAAAGGAAAGUGCGUCAGAUCAGUGACCCUGUUCAGCAGAUUCUUAUUCAGCUGCACAAAAUUAUCUUCAUCACUCAACUUCCUCCAGCUUUGCAGUGCAACUUGAAAAGGAGAGUCAUUGAGAGAUUCAAGAAGUCCCUCUUCAGUCAGCAGAGCAAUCCUUGUAAUCUGAAAUCAGAAAUGAAAAAGCUGCUCCAAGGUUCUCCUGAAUUGAUUGAUACCAACUUUUUUACAGCAGAUUGGCAUAUGGUACUUCUCUCAUCUUCUGGCAACAUGUUAGUUCCAGAAGACAGAAAAGGUAUUGCUGGCACUUCUGAAAUAGCAGAAGGGAUGACAUAUGAGCAGUUACAGACCUUAAUUGAGGAGGUUCUAGAGGAAAGUGGUUAUUACAAUUUCUCUCCGAACAGGUAUUUUUACUAUCCAAUAAAGAACUAUCCAGCAAAAGAAGAGAACUCAUAAUUCUGAUCAAAAGGUUCAGAACUGUUUCCAGUGAAGACAAACUGCCUGUAUUUCAGCUGAUGCUUCUGAUUUCCGAAGAGCAGAGUUUUGCUCAUCAAACAUCAACCUGAAGGGAUUUCAAUGUUGAAAGUCUUCAAGAAACCUCAUGAUUUUUCAAGAUUAUACUUGUAACUUUAGCUUUGUUUACAGCAUAAGCACUUUACAAAGAACACUGGGAAAAAUGCUUCCAGGUUUAUACAUUAGGAGAAAAGCACAACUCCCAGAAGUACAUAUCUCCUAUUUUUAUAUACUUAUUAAAAAUAGUUCUUGCAUAGUUUCUGGAAUACUAGUUCAAAGCCUGUAGCCUUAUUCAUGUCCACUAUGUCUUCUACGGAAAGAAAAAAAGCUUUCUAAUAUCACCAGACAGAAAAUAUAUGUAGACUCCCUGCAUGAGAAUUAAGAACGGAUUAAACAUCAUCAGUGUGAUUUUAAUAUUUAGAAUUAUUUUCUGCUUACAAUUGGAUAGAGGCAAAUUCUAAUGCCAGUAUGACAUGUAAAUAGCAGUUGGUGUAGCACCUGAAUGUUGUUAUUUUUAAAAAUAUUGUUUUUAUUGCUGUUUGAAACUGUGUUUAUUAUAUGUUAGUCAGGCAUAUUUUGUAUAGAUACAUUUCAUAUAUACAUUCAAUUAUUAGCAGACUAAAUUAAAUACAUGCUUUGCUGCUAAUCAAAACUGUAGUACUUAAAAGCACUUUGAGAAUUUCAACAUUUAUUCACUAUAUAUCAGAUGAGAUAAAAAUAUCUCACUGCAGUAGUGGAGAAACUUUGCUGUUGUUGUUGUCUACAGUUAAGUAAAGAAUGCUAUAAAGUAGAAAUGCUUUUCUCUGCAGUGGCAAUCAUAACUGUUGAAAAUAACCAGAAGACACUUGGUGACUUAGUUCUGUUGAAAAUGAUUAACAUUAUAUUCAUCAUAUAACAACCAGUGAGUAGUUAAAUACAGAGGGAUGUUCUGCACUCUUAAAGGGUGAAAAGUCAUCCUCUGUCCUUCCUGUUCCAGUGUUUGUCUGUAACUAUCAAUUGCUAACUAGCAUUAAUUUCCUAUCAAUUCAAGAGUAUUAUUUCACCUAUAAUGAAUGACUUCAACAUUCCAAAUUGUGAAGCUGAGAAAAAUGUCCCUCUUUUCAUAUACAUGAUGUGUAGAAAGUCAUCAGGUACUGUAUUUCCACUUACCUAAUAGUGUAGUUGUGAUAGCAAAGGUAUAUUAAAUGCUGCUUUAGAAAUCAAAUUAAAAAGGCAAAGUUGGUCAUGAUAUAUUCUAUGGUGAAGAUACAGAUAAAAGUGUUCUGAAGAAGGAAAAUAGCAUAUGCAGUCCUUGUGGAAUGGUUAAUAUAAAGGAGAAAAGACAGUUUUGUCUUCAGUCAAAUAUUCUCAUUUUAGUAAUUACCACCAUUGCACGUCCUUUAAUUAUCUCCUACUUUCUUUUCUCCCUGUAGCUACUGGCACAGCUUAUUCUAAUCUCUUUUUAUGAGUGUAUCUCCUUAUGCCUGUCUGAAGGAGAGUGCCACCUAAUAUAGUCAGUGAUUGAUGGUGACAGUGUGCCAUGCCUACUACUUCAUCACCACAUCUUACUGAACACAGACCUCAACUUUAAAUUAUAUUCUUUAUGUCUACUUUUAGCCAGUAACUUCUAUACGUCAUCUGUUUUAAUGACAAAAAUUAAACAUUGUAUAUGCAGUAUCUAGGCCAAAAUGAAAAAGAAUGUUUUUAGUCUUGGUAUCCUCAAAACCAGUCAUUUUCUACCUGGCAAAUCUGAAGAUAGCCAUGGUAUGAUUUCCCCUGUUUUUUUAAUGUAUCUUUAGAAAGCUAAGGCAAACUCCUUUAUAUUUUGAUGUAAGAAAGUACUUGGAUGUUUUGCCUGACCAAGACAUACAAGAUACCACCAGUUAGUGUUUUCAAAAUAAUUUUAUUUGCUGUAGAUGGUGCACUUCUAGCAAUGUUACCAUUAAAAGGUCUGAAAAUGUUAAAUUGUCAGAAUGUAAUGAAUGCACUAGAAAUUCUCUGGAUCUUAUUCCAAGCGUGUUUUGAAUUAGCAUUGUUAAAUUUUUGUCAAGAUAUGUGUGGUAGUAUAGCAUUCAUUCAUACUUUAUGAAAUAAUUUUUCUUUAGAAACAGAAUGACUCCCAUUUGUUUCUUUUGGUAUAUUUGGAGUGCUGUUAACGUUGAAGCAAAUUUGUGUUCAUUUUUAACUGUUAAAGAUAGAGAACUAGAUAGUGGUCAGCAGAACAGAAGCUUCUUCCAAAUAACAAGACUGGAUGUGGAUGUGUGGUGUAUACAGCUGGACCUGCCAUGACAAAUGAAAGCAGAGAAUCUUUGAUCUUCUCUAUGCUUUCAGUGGAGUUCAUAUUUUUUUCCCCUGGUUGCAACUGAAUUGACAUGCUGGCUACCAUAGAAAAGAGCUGAUUUUUUUACUUCAACAAUUCUGUGCUUCUUCAAUUAUCUAACUUUGUCUCAUUCCAGUUAUUGGAGAUGGUUCGGGAUAUAUGUAUAUAUAUACCAGAUCAAGAUUAAGACAAAAGCAGGGUCAAAUGUUGUCCAAUUGGUUUAUUACAAAUUCUAAGCAGUUAAGGAAUGAUGGGAAGGUGGGGAGAUUAGAAAUGGUAAAGAGAGAAAUUCUAGUGAGUGGGUCACCAUCAUGGGUCCAGUGGUGCCGUAUUGGCCUGUAGUGUAGCUGCAGGUCAGUCAGCAACAUUUUGUUGACCUGUAUGUCUGCAAGUUUCUUGGAGAGGGUACCCAUUCUACUUCUGAACUCUUCAGGUUUUUAUCCUCUUUGUUCUGCUCUUGUGCGCCUCUGGUUGCUUGGGACAGCAGCUCAUGAUCCCCACACAGGGUGAUCUGCAGUGAUCAUGUAGCAAUCAGGUGUCUGCCACCUGGCAGGCUGUUGGGCAUGAAUACUGACUGCAUGGUAGUCACUUUCUCUAAAACAACUCUAGAAGUCAGCCUGACCUGCAAACAUCAGCCGAGAGUCAAUUCUUUCUGGUCACUCAACCACACUAUUUCCUCUUUCCAGCUUGAUCAUGGUCUCAGGUGGGUCACUGAACAGUCUUUGAGACAAGAAUGCUUUCUCUCAACUUCUCACAAACCUACAGCUAUUAACCACUCUUUGAUCUUGUGCUGUUACUGAUUUUAAAACCAACAGUUUGGACAAAUUGGUGUAAUGAUAAGGAAAAUGGCUGCAUUAAAAUGGUAUAAUGCAUCUCACUUGACCCUGUGUAUCACUGUGCGUACCACCAAUGCUAUCAAGGGUCAGUGUUGCUAAAUGAACACACAUGGUUAUUAUAUUGCUCUGAAUAGUGCUGAAAUGAAUCAUUUGAUUGCUUCCAAACUGGAAAUGGGGAUUUCUUAAAAACAAAUAUUCAUGAAGAACUAUAGAAGUAAUUUAGUGAUGGUAAAUACAAAGAAUACUGCCUAUUUUGGCUAGUUUGUGAAUUCCUAUUCUCUUGUGACAUUUU